AUUGGCCAAUUAGAGGUCAUGUGGUCACUCGCCUCAGCGCUGAGGAAACCGGCCAUUUAACAACAAACAUCCCGAAGAUUUCACAUUUUUCUGCCUGUUUCCUGCCGGAGUCUGGUCGGGUGAUUCCGGGAUAUAUUCAUUAAGACCCGCCUCGGUGCUUCAGGCUCGUUUACAAGACUUUAUGAUCUCAUUCCCUGCGUUUUUUCUUCUUCUUAACAGUAACAUCUGCAGACACACCUCUGAAGUUAAGGAGGCGUUAGCGCGGUGUACAUUUCGACUUGAAUUCCUUAUUUUAUUGUUUUUUUCUAAUAUAUUGAAUAAUGGCCUUUCAAGGAUACGGUGCUGCCCCUGGUGGUGUUGCGCAGCAAGAUCCUCUCUACGGAUAUUUUGCAGCUGUUGCUGGACAGGAUGGACAGAUCUCAGCAGAAGAGCUGCAGAGCUGCCUCACACACUCCGGCAUCUCUGGCUCAUACAAACCCUUCAGCCUUGAGACAUGCAGACUGAUGAUCAGCAUGCUGGAUAAGGACAUGUCCAACAGCUUGGGCUUCGCUGAGUUCAAGGAUCUUUGGCAGGUUCUGAAUGGCUGGAAGAUGACCUUUGCAUCCUAUGACCGGGACCGCAGUGGGACGGUGGAGGGCCAAGAGCUGCAGCAUGCUGUCGCCUCCAUGGCAGGUUAUAAUCUGAGCCCUCAGGCCAUGAACAUCAUCAUGAAGCGCUUCAGUUCACAUGGCAGAAUCACCUUUGAUGACUUUGUGAGCUGUUGCGUAAAACUCCGUGCGCUGACCGAUCAGUUCCAAAGAAGAGACACUACCCGAACUGGCAAGGCCGCAUUUCAGUAUGAUGAUUUUAUCCAGGUCACCAUGGCCUUAUGAAGAGGAAUACACCACACAGAAGAGACACACCAGCUUUUUAAUAUCUUAUAUUAACAGCAUGUACUUUCACUGUGUUUAUUUUUUAUUUUUAAUCAUCGUUGUACAAGCACACUUACAAAAUUUCACUUUCACAUUCCAUUUUACCUUGAACUUUUGCAUACUAAUACAUAAUACAACAAACUAAUAAUAACUAAUAAGAAUAUAGUAACCUCAGGCUGCACCAAUGAACCACUAUGUGCCCAUGUUAGCCCAUAGCCUGUGUAUAUGAGUCUAAACAUGUUUUAAAAUGAAUAAAUAUGUAAUAAUAUUGACUCCCUUUGAGAACAGCUGUCUUGUAGUGGGUUUGUUGGUUUGUAUUGUUGAACUCUUUGUAGAGUUUCACUGUCAAACUUCACACAUCAUAUCUUAUUUUUUUUAGCAAGAGUCAAAAGGAAAUGUUGCAAAAGCUAUUUAUGCCUACCAAUCAGCAGUUAUGAAUUGUCAGUGCUAAAAUGAAAAUGCAUAUAAUGUCUUAACUAUAGAGCCUUCAGAAUCAAACUUUACAUUUAGAAAUGGUGGGUGAACUUUAUAUGCAUUUUAUUGCAGUCAUUUUAAAAUUGCAAAUACAAAACAGAAGGCGCUGUCAUGAGCUAGCUUUCAUGUAUUAAUUAAACAUGUCUUACUGGAAAA